UAUUGAUAUUGGUGUCACAUCAAGACAAUGUUAAACAUAUCAGGUCAUUGUGAGAUGACACUAUAAAACUGAUACUAUGCAUGAAAGGAAAAAAUAUGGAACAUGUGACAAAGUUUAAUGGUGUUCACCUAUAGCGUGGGAUGGCACAUAGAACAAUAAUCCUUCAAGCAGACUUGAAACUCGACUUGUGACCUUUAUUUUUCAUAUCAGAAAAAGAUAUGCAGCAUAAAGGCACCCUAAAUAUAUGGACGUACUCCACAUAGCUGCAAGCUUUAAACUCAGUAGUGGGUUAAGCUAUCUCCAAGUCUAAAACUUGAGAAGCGAUAAGCAAUCUCUGCAGUGCAAAGAAUAUAAAAUGAACAGUAUGGUAUGUUUGACCUGCACUAGACAAGGGCAAAGACCUGACACAUUUAUAGGUAUAUACAUUGUACCACAUGGCAUCCAUUUUUCUUUUCUUUCCUUUCUUUCUUUUUCUUUUUUAGUAAUUAAUAGGCAUUAAAUAAAAACUAACAUCAAAGCUGAGGAAAAAGGACACACAAGUGAACAUGCAUUUGUAGGUUUAAUUACAAAUAAGUGCUUUAAAAACUUUGGAACUUGAGGUGAGCAUGAAAUGGAAAAGAUGACAAUAUUGCGUGCAGCUCUUCUGAUAAUAAUCAGAUUGGCAGUUCAGGUCUUCAAUUUGGAAGCAAAAAAUGUUACUAACCAGCAUGAAGCCUGUCUGACUGAUCAGUGCUUAAGAGAUAAUAUUUGUUUAUUUAACUGUAAUGUGUCCAUAUCUCCAAUGGACCCAGUAGUGCUUGUUGGGUCCAACCUUACCAUAACAUGUGAACUUGCCCCGAGGAUGAUCCCAGGUUACAAUGCCAGUGAUGUGGGUCUGUGCUGUGACUGUGACAUACCUGAGAAAAGACUGGUCAUCAGGGCCAGGGAUAGGAACCCCGCUCUUACCUGA